CAUGUGUCUUCCACUCCUUUAUAUUCUAUGAUCAUCCAUUCUUUAUCUACAUACCCUCUCUUACCUUCCCUAAACAAACCCAAAGAAACCAUUUUUCAUUAAAAAAAAAAAACAAAUCGGAUACCCAAAUUAGGCAAGCAUGAGCAAGUUUGUACUAAUUACAUUUUUUAUAUUUGUAACAUUCACAUCUUACAUGGGCUUUAUUCGGGCUCAAAAGCCCGACACUCAAACAUGGGCAAAAACAGAAGAUUAUGGUCACGAGCAGAAAACCGUCUUACAAUUCUACUUCCACGACAACCAAACCGGGGAUUUCACAACCGUUGCGUUGAUCGCUCAACCCAUAGAACCCACCUCAUCCGUGUCGAGCUUCGGCCGUUUGUUUAUGGUAGAUGAUCCGCUUACUGAUGGUCCAGAUCCGAAUUCAAAGCUUGUGGGCCGGGCCCAAGGAUUCUAUGGAUCAGCCUCACAAACAGGUGUGAGUUAUAUGAUGAGUUUGACUUAUGGGUUUGUUGACGGGAUUUACAAUGGGAGCUCCGUGGUUAUGUUGGGCCGGAAUACGAUCGCCGAUUCGGUGAGGGAGCUUCCGGUUGUUGGUGGGACUGGGCUUUUCCGGAUGGCCCGUGGAUAUGCUUUGGCCCAAACUUACUCUCAUAAUAGUACUGCUCGUAAUGCCAUUGUUGGUUAUAAUGUUACCAUUAUACACCCUUAGAAAGCUUUUGGAAUAUUAUGAUGUACAAUUAAUUUCAAUUUAGUUUGUGUUUAACUCAAUUUAUCAGUUCUUUUAAUUAAAUUUCUUUGCCAGAGUAGUAGUAUGUGUUUUGACCUGAUAUUUUCAAUAACUUGCUCAACACCGAAUAGUUGGUAAAUUAAGUAGUUACUUUU